UGUAGCCGAUGAAAAGCAUGAAAGAUUGGCCCCUUUGUGCUUUAGAACAACAAGAAAAUUUAUUAAACAGCUUAUAAUGUAGAUUGAUGUUCCAGUGGGAUAUUACACAACCAAGAGGCCAAAAUUAUCGACAUGUCCAAUAUGAGGCUGCUGCCCUUGUUGGCUUGUCUGCUAUUUCUUCCUGACAUCAUGUGCGAAAAUAUUUCGUUUGCAGCAGUUUUAAUGGGCCUGGAAAGGGACUGUAUCAAUUACCGUUGCCGCUACACGGGGAGCUUGUAUGGCUAUUUUUGGCAUCCUUACAAGAUUCUACCCCCUGCCGUGGAGAUAACCCCUUGCGUCAGUCUUCACGUAGAGGUGUGCGAACUUACAUCUAUUGCUGAAUGUGAUGAAGAUCGAGAAAAUUGGGAAAGGAUGUGUACACCGUGGUCGGUCUGUACGGAAAAAGAGUUCUGUCCCGGUUAUGGUUAUUGUUCAUGCAAGAGAGGUCCGCCAUAUACUGUUGUGGUGAAUCCAUUUCUUGAUCACAACCUUUCACCCAAUGACAUCUUGCUACAGAUCACAACCUUUCACCCAAUGACAUCUUGCUACAGAUCACACAACCUUUCACCCAAUGACAUCUUGCUACAGAUCACAACCUUUCACCCAAUGACAUCUUGCUACAGAUCACACAACCUUUCAUCUGAUGACAUCUUGCUAUAG